UCAGGCUGUGCUCUAUGCCCUGUUGAUGUCACAAUCCCAAGCUCAUGUGGCUUAAUUCUUUACUUCUUUCUACCUUAGCCACAGAUAGUCUUUUUCCCCCUCUACAUAAACUCUGGAAGCAUUAUAUCCGGGACCUGUGCGGUGGUCUCAAGCCAGACACGCAGCCGCACAUGGUUCAGACCAAGCUGUUGAAGGCAAAUCUUCACGGGGCUCUCGUUUCAGUCACAAAGUCCAAAUGCCCGUCCUAUGUGGGUGUUACAGGAAUCCUCGUACAGGAAACAAAGCACGUUUUCAAAAUCCUCACCAAAGAAGACCGCCUGAAAGUUAUCCGCAAGAUAAACUGUGUAUUCGCAGUGAAAACCAAUGGCUUCAUUUCCUAUAUUUAUGGAAGCAAAUUCCAGAUUCGGUCAAGUGAACGAUUUAACAAGAAAUUCAAAGCAAAGGGAACAGCUGACCUGUGAGCUCUCUGCUGCGGAGACGGCUGUUUGGGACCCCAAGGACCGGGGACACCUGCGUGCCCACCUUUCAGCGGAGACACGGCUGGGCUGGUUCUGCUUCUAGAUCACCCCCAGCCCGUUAACACCAGAGUUAAGAACAGUUCGUCAUCUGGGAAGAAAUGCGCCUUACUGAGCAAAGUCAGGGAACGGAGGGGUGUCUUUCUGGGUGAUGACGGGUGUGCAUUGCUCCCCUGAGAGAAAAUCCUGGCAGGAUCGGCACAGGUUGACCUGACUGGUGGCAUUAUUAGGUUUUUAUUUCUCUUUUAUCCUUUUCUCUGUUUCUGAGUGUUCUGUGAUGAAUCCAUUGUUUAUGUAAUGAUAAAAUAC